AUUCAUUCAACAAACAUUUACUUAGGUUUCCUGUGAGCCAGGCCUUGUGCUGGGCGAUGCUGGGGACCCAGGAAGCUACCAGUCCUGUCAGACUCGUCCCUGAAGGGACAGGUGCUGGCCCUGAGUUUCACUUCAGUGUCUUCUCGGGUGCGGCCAGCACCAUGGACACCUCAUGGGCUCUGCCACUCUUCCUGCUCCUGGCCUCCGGAGCAGAGGUCCCCGCUCUCAGAGCCUCUUCUGGAGUUCAGCGAACCAAUUUCAUCUCUGACUCAGAAAGCUCUUCUCAGGGCCCGGGUUCGAAUGUUCCCUCCAUCAAAACCCCUGGCUGGGAAUUUCCAGAUCAGUCUCCAGGUUCAAAAGCCACCGCUGAUGUCCCCCAUUCCAAAUGGUUCCCUGAGGCCCUGAAUGAGAAUGAUGUGCCUGGGUCCUUCUGGUCAAAUGCUUCUGCUGAAGAUGGAAAGUUGGGCCUGGAUCCCACCUUCUCUGGGAUCCCAGAUUCCCAAGUAUUUCCUGAUAUCUUGGGCUCUCAAGUUCCUGCCACAGACCCAGAACCUUCCUUCUCUGUUAUGACCCCAGCUUCAGACAAUUCUGUUCAAAUCUCGGAUACUAAAGUAUCCGUGGAGGACCCAGGUUCAAAGUUCUCCCCUGAGGAUCUGGAUCUUAAAAUUCCUGCAGAGACCACCCCAGGGACAAGCUUCCCCCAGCAGGUGGGGGGCCCUCUUGCAGUGCUGGUGGGGACCACCAUCCAGCUCCCCCUGGUUCCAGCCCCCAGCCCUGGGCCCCCUGCCCCUCUGGUGGUCUGGCGCCGGGGCUCCAAGGUGCUGGCAGCUGGGGGCCUGGGGCCAAGGGCUCCUCUGAUCAGCCUGGACCCGGCUCACCGAGACCGCCUACGAUUUGACCAGGCUAGAGGGGGCCUGGAACUCGCCUCUGCCCAACUGGAGGAUGCCGGGGUUUACACGGCUGAGAUCAUCCGGGCCGGGGUCUCUCGGCAGAUUCGGGAGUUCACGGUGGGCGUGUAUGAGCCCCUGCCUCAGCUGUCGGUGCAGCCGGAGGCCCCGGAGACAGAGGAAGGGGCAGCCGAGCUCCGGCUGCGCUGCAUGGGGUGGGGGCCGGGUCGCGGGGAGCUGAGCUGGAGCCGGGACGGAAGCGCCCUGGACGCAGCGGACCCGGAGGGAGCGGAGCCGCCUCGGAUCCGCGCAGAGGGAGACCAGCUACUCAUCGCGCGCCCUGUGCGCAGCGACCACGCUCGGUACACUUGCCGCGUCAGCAGCCCCUUUGGCCACACCGAGGCCGCAGCGAACGUCAGCGUCUUCUACGGUCCGGAUCCGCCGGUCGUCAAGAUCUCCUCAGACCGGGACGCCACCCCCGCCCUCUAUGUUACUGCGGGCAGCAGCGUGACCCUGCGCUGCACCGCCGCCUCGCGGCCGCCAGCCGACAUCGCGUGGAGCCUGGCUGACCCCGCCGAGGCCGCGGUGCCCGCCGGCCCGCGCCUCCUGCUGCCUGCUGUCCGGCCGGGCCACGCCGGCGCCUACGGCUGCCUCGCGGCGAACCCACGCACAGGCCGCCGCCGCCGCUCGCUGCUCAACCUCACGGUCGCGGAUCUGCCCCCCGGGUCCCCACAGUGCUCAGUCGAAGGGGAUCCCGAGGAACGCAGCCUCCGCUUUCGCUGCUGGUGGCCUGGCGGGGUUCCUGCCGCCUCCCUGCAGUUUCAGGGUCUCCCUGAAGGCGUCCGCGCGGGACCGGUACCCUCUGUGCUCCUGGCGGCUGUCCCCGCCCACCCCCGUCUCAGCGGCGUCCCUGUCACCUGCUUUGCUCGACACCUGGUGACCACGCGCACCUGCACUGUCACCCCGGAGGCCCCUCGAGAGGUGCUACUGCAUCCGGUGGUGGAGAAGACACGGUCAGGGGAGGCAGAGGUGGCACUGGAGGCCUCUGGCUGUCAGCCACCUUCGAGAGCGUUCUGGGCACGGGAAGGGCGGCCCCUGGCCUCAGGAGGCAGGGGGAGACUGCGGCCCAGCCAAGAUGGGCGGAGGCUCCUCAUUGGCAACUUCAGCCUGGAUUGGGACCUGGGGGAUUACUCUGUGUUGUGCAGUGGGGCGCUGGGUGCUGGGGGCGACCAGAUCACCCUCAUUGGACCCUCCGUCUCCUCAUGGAGGCUGCAGAGAGCCCGGGAUGCAGCCGUGCUGACUUGGGAUGUGGAGCGUGGAGCGCUGAUCAGCGGUUUUGAGAUCCAGGCACGGACAGAGGGGCCUGACCCGGGCAGAGCCAACACUUACCAAGACUGGGUCCCCCUGCUUACCCUGGGGCCUCAGGAGCGGUCAGCAGUGGUGCCCUUCCCUCCUCGGAACCCUGGGACAUGGGCCUUGCGUAUCCUGCCCAUCCUGGGGGGCCUGCCAGGGACCCCAUCACAAACCCGGGUCUACAAAGCUGGCCCCACCCUGGGCCCUGGGGCCAUCGCUGGCAUCGUCCUGGGCUCUCUACUAGGCCUGGCACUGUUGGCAGCACUUAUUUUCCUGUGUGUCUGCUGCCUGCGCCGUUUUCAGGGAGAAAUUCCCAAGAAAAAGAAAUAUCUCCCCACCUUUGCCUCUGUGGUCCCCCCACUACAAAAGAAGAUGCAGAGCGUGGCCCCAGUGCAACCCCCACAGCCUCUGCCCCUCAAAGUCCCACUGGAGGUCCCUGGCACAACCGGGGCCCACCAAGUCACUGGCCCCAGUCCAGUCAUCUCUCCAGGUGCAGGCCCGAAAACUGUUCGAGCAGCCACGCAGGUGUGACCAGGGCUAAUGGCCUGCUCUGCGCAGGAGUUUUUGGGUGGGUCUUCCUACUUCUCCCCAGCAGCAGGCAUGGCCUUUCUGUCCUGCUGUGACUGAAGGUUGGACCCCGAAUGUGGGACUUCCUGUCUCCCUCUCUCAUCUCAGAAGAUUCUACCUGUAUUUGUGCAAUAAGGAGAUGGGACUCCUGGAAUGGGAGAGACUCCUGCUUAUCUAACAGUGUGGUUUGCAGUCCACCAAGCAGGCAAGACGUGUGGGCUGUGCUGUGGACGGGCGAUGCUUGCUGUGCUGCUCUGAGCAGGAGGAGGGGCCCUGCCUCAUCUCUGAAAAGGCCUUUCUACGUCCACUUUUGCCUCCUCCAGGCCACACCACCGUUUCCAGAAUCUUCAUCUUAAAACAGAUCAGAUCACAUGUCUCUCUUCUCUUUAAACCCUUCUAUGGCUGUCCAUUGUCAUUCAGAUAUUGUCCAAACUCAUCAUGCCCUUAAAAGCCUAGUAGUUUGGCUUCUGUUGGCCUCUCUGACCUCCCCUUCCAGUUCUUUCCCCACUGCCACUCCAGUAGCACAGGCUUUCUCUCUGCCACACUUUAUUUUUGUCUUAGGCCUUUGCUCCUAGAGUUUACUCUUCUUGGAGCACAGCUUUCCCCCCCUGUGUUGUUCAUUUCUCAAGUGUAAAGGUGACCGUUACCAUCUUAGAAGACUCUUCCCUAAUCCUUGCCUUCAUCAUAGAUUAGGUCCUAGAGACCCUGAACCUUUAGCUUCUCGUCCAUAAAUACAUCAUUACUUGUUUAGCCUCUAAUUGCCUUUCUAAACUGAGAGCUUCGUGAAGGCAGAGACCAUGUCGUCAUCCCCAGAACUUAAUACAGAGCCUAGCACACAGCAGACAAUCAAUAAAAAUUGGUUAACGGAUCAAA